AUGAGAAUGAGCUCAAAGGUUUUCUAUGGUUCGACUGCUGCGAUCGGUGCUUUCCACUUAGCUGUCAGAAGAGCGACAUCGCACGCCAUCAUAAAUCCUCUCACGCUAUUGAAGUGUGGUCAGAAGCCUUCAUCAAGCAUGGCACGCACAUACGAUAGUGCGCUGUCGCAGCUUUCUGCGCUGCAGUCCAAUUUUGCCGUGCACUCCCUCUUUGGGCCUCCCGCUCUCAGCGCCUCAGAUGUCUCUCCAGGCAAAACCCAGGAUCUUAACGCCUUGGCCAUCCCAGAGAUGCUUGCCUGGCUUGGCAGAGCAGGUCUCGCAACGUCCGACUUAGCCAAGCUCAAGUGUAUCCACGUGGCCGGUACAAAGGGCAAGGGCUCUGUUUGCGCUUACCUGACGUCGAUUCUGACGCAGUCUCCUUUCCGAUCUGUAGCAGGGAGGGUGGGGACGUAUACCUCGCCACAUCUCGUCACAGUGCGCGAGCGCAUCAUGCUGGACGGCCAACCUAUCAGUCAAGAACUGUUCACCAAGUAUUUCUUUGAGGUCUGGGAUGCCUUCACCGCUUCAGCUCGAGCCGAGUUUCAUCGUCAGAAUGGCGAUAAACCAGCUGCCACAAAAUUAGAUACCGCUACCGAGGCCGAACUCCAGGGUCCGGCGACGAAGCCUUUCUAUUUCCGCUUCUUGACAAUUAUGGCAUUCCAUGUUUUCCUACGGGAAGGUGUGCGGAGUGCUGUCGUUGAGUGCGGCAUCGGCGGCGAGUAUGAUUCCACCAACGUACUCCCAGCGGCAGCAAUUACUGCCAGUGUGGUCACGCAGUUGGGCAUCGACCAUGUGGGAAUGCUGGGCGGCACUCUUCCGGAGAUCGCUUGGCAUAAAAUGGGCGUUGCCAAGCUAGGGCGAAAGUGCUUUACGCGAAACCUAAGAGGUGAGACGGGCGCGAGGACUAUGGAAGUCAUCAGGAAUCGAGCUCAAGAGAUUGGGGCUGAGCUGGUUGAGGUUGCCGACCAGGACGUGGAGACUUGGGGAGGCGUAAAAGCUGAAGGCAUUGGUGGCCUCGAAGGGUCGUUCCAGAAAUACAACCAGGCGCUUGCCGUGGCGGCAGCCAAUGAACAUCUUGCUCAACUCAAGGCACCAUUCACUACGUCGAAAGUUUUCGAUGAUCUACCGUCAGAGGUCAACCAGGGGCUGCAGCAUGCAAGACUUCGAGGCAGAUGUGAGACGAGGGAGGACGGCAACAUCACUUGGCUCAUCGACGGCGCACAUACUGCUGAAAGUCUACAGGAAGUUGCAAAAUGGUAUGCCUCGAAAAGAACGGCGACCCCGGGCAGCCAAAUGAUCUUGAUGUUCAACCAGCAGCAACGCGAGGCGGGAAGGCUACUACAGGUCCUGCUCAGUAGCAUCGCGGAGAAUGGUGCUUUGGGUUCCAAAAUCUUUGACAGAGCAGUGUUUACCAGAAAUGAGUUGGACACAAGAGCAGGCGAAGAACCAGAAAGAGAUCUAUCUGUUCAGAAGGCAGCCGCUGAGGCAUUCAAGGAGAUGUGCCCUGGGAAGGAGGCUGCCAUCUUUGAUAAUGUCACUGGAGCAGUGGAAUUUGCGGAAUCGACCGACACGCAAGAUGCACAUUCACAGAAGAAGAUGGUGCUCGUCACGGGAAGCUUACAUCUUGUAGGCGCUUUAUUGCGAAUCCUGGAGCCAGAAGCUCCGAUAUGA